CAGCACUCCCAAAUCAUCUUCCGAUAAUAUGGAGUGCUUCUGGCAGGUACAAACGAAUUCAGGAAUUAAAGAAUGACAUCGCAACGGAGCCCAGCCUGAAAUCAUCAAAGUGAGGCCUUGUAUGGGAUGCUCCGAGUAGUACUGGGCGUUAUGCCGUAACUUACCUUCCUACCUCCCAAUUUCCCUCAUCGAUCCCCAUCGCUUUAAUCCAUCUAAUUUCUUCGAUCUAAACUUGCCAUUGACCAUCAGCUUCCUCAGGCUCCUCUGUGAUCUGCAGCUUUUCUUCUUGGAGAAAAGUUAAGAUAUGUCGUGUUCCCCCUUCCUACCUCAAAUCAUCCCCGUCAAUCUACUUCAAGCUCCUUCCAAAUCCAAAUCUGCUAUACUCCAAUAGUAGAUCGACGCCCGCUCUACUGUCCAGUGGAUUCUUCUCUCCAUCAGACGGGAAUUUGCGGGGGUCGAAGUCACUACCCAUCUUGAUUUGCCUCUAGCUUGCCAAUGUCGCCACUCCAGAGCAAAGCGCUGUCAACGGCAGCGGGCAACAGCGAAACCUGCAUGCCUUGUCAAUCCUCACCCAAAGUUGUCGGCCGUCGGCUGUCAGGCAUGAGCUACGCAGGCGCCAGCAAUCGCUGCAGCUUCCACCACCGGACCCCCUGGCCGCCUCCGCUACUCGAUGUCUCGGCGGAGCAUCCGAUCUGGUUCCAGCCGCCGCGCCCGCGUUCCCAUCGAUGGAAGCAUCAAACUAACCACCGAUUCAAGCGCAAUGAACCCAUAUCCAUCUGCAAAGAACACCCUCCGACAUCGCUGGUCCGUGCUCGAUCCGGAUCGGCUGACAUCCGCCAACGCCAGGCCCAUUCACCGUCGCCUCUGUUCUGCACCCUCGGAGAUUUGCAUCGACCCCCGCUCCAGCAACGACGAACAACGUCGGGUCACUAUGUCGACACUCAGGCUCGACUACCUUCGCAAUCUGGAGGCGUACGCACCACUCUGCAGCUGCAUCCAACUCUACUGGCGUUGGAUCCUAAUCUACUUCGACUGACUGAGAGGAGCCAGAUCUUCAUCGCCAACGACCUGCCUCCGCAUCAGUUCCAUGGCCUCCCUGAGAUUCCUGUCGGGGGGCCUGCCUAUUCUGGACAGACUCGCCAGCCUCAAGGGCGUCGGGUGCACCAUGAAUCUGCUCUCAUGGAACUGCCAGGGAUCAGCCGGCUCCCUGCGUAGUUCAACAAUGCAACAUCUUGCCCGUCUCAUAACAUCUACCAAAUCUCAGGUUUGUUUCAUAUCUGAAACUCGAAAUACUUCAAUUUCUCGUACUGCUAUUGUUAAUCGAUUUAAUGUUUUGGAUGCUUUCGUAGUUCAAGCGCAGGGUCAGUCAGGUGGUCUUUGGUUAAUUUGGACCCAAGCUGUUUCCAUCACUAUAAUAGAUCACAAUUACCACUAUAUUUUAGCUUUGUGUAAUAGCACUACUACUUCUGAGCAGUUUGGUUUAGUUUGUAUCUAUGGUGAUCCUCAUCACCGUAACACCACUACUAUAUGGACCAGGGUACUUAAUUUUGUGGUAAAUCAUAGUACCCUUCCUAUCUUAGCUAUGGGGGACAUGAAUGAACUCAUGAAUGCUAAUGAAAAAUGUGGUUCGGGUAAAGCUGAUAUUCGACGUAUUAAUAUGUUUUGUGACUAUGUAAAGCAGUGUGGCUUUUUGGAUUUGGGGUACAGUGGACCGGCGUACACAUGGACAAACAAGCGCUUCAGUACAACUCCCACUUUUCAGCGACUUGAUCGUUGCUUGGCAAAUGCUGAAUGGUGUAUGGCUUAUCCGAGAACAACAGUGUAUCAUCUACCUAUGAGGCGUAGCGACCAUGCCCCCAUCCUCACUAUGCUUGAUUCUACUCGUCAUCACAAUAACAAAAUUUUUCGGUUUAAAAACUGGUGGCUUAUGGAACAGGACUAUAUGCAGGUGGCCAAAGAGAGCUGGAUGAAAUCCUACAAUCGCCCCUUUCACCAAAAGACCAAAUACUUAGCUACUGAUCUUCGAAAAUGGAGGAUGGCCAAGCCUAAUCUCUCUACCCAGAUUAAUAUCAUUGAAAGCCAAAUGCUUAGCCAGCCAUCCGAACCACCACAGGAACAGGACUACGACCUCCAGCAGCACCUUGCAUUUCAGCACCAAAAUAUUCUAACCAAAGAUGAAGAAUUCCAUCUUCAAAGAGCCAAAAAGAACUGGGCUAGGCUUGGUGAUCGUAACACUGCCUUCUUUCAUCAAUCCAUUGUCAAAAGGCAUAGAAAAAAUACAAUCGCCUAUCUUCACAAUCCCGAUGGCACUGAUUCCACUACUGCUGACCAAAUUGCCUCAACCCUUCUCCAUUAUUUUCAUGAACUGUUUGCUGUUAAUGAGACUAAUCAUCAAUCUCUACAGACCUCCUCAUUGCAGAUACUGACAGCCUCUCAUUCACAACAGCCUCAACCUCAGGAGGCAUCACAUCAUCACUCUAUGCGACAAGGAGAGGAAAUCGACCACCAUCAUCAAACCAUCGACUCAAGGCACACCAAUGCGGCAGACGACAUCUCCUGCUUUACUAACUCAACUCCAAAUUUGCAGGAGCUGCACAGUAUCAUCAAAGGUAUGCGCAAUAAUGCAUCCCCAGGCCCAGAUAGCCUCAAUGCAGCUUUCUUUAAGACGGCAUGGCCUUGGAUCUCUAACGAUGUCCAUAACCUGCAUUUUAUCAACCUUCUACGAGCUUGCUUUACUACUCCGUCGAUGGCAGUUCUUAUCAAUGGUGAGCCCACUGGAUAUUUUUUUUCCAAAAAAGGUAUUCGCCAAGGUUGUCCCCUUUCCCCUUUUCUCUUUGCAAUAGCUAUUAAUGAAUUGUCCAUCGCUUUACAUGAUGCAAUGAAUAAUGCCAAUCUUACUGGAAUCACUUUGGGCCCCAAUUGCCCUCCUAUUCAAUCCUUACUCUUUGCGGAUGACCUCAUUUUAUGUGGUGAAGCCACUAUUUAUGAAGCUACUACCAUCAACAACAUUCUUAAUGACUUCUACUACAGCUCUGGUCAGACUCCCAACAUGAGUAAAUCUUCCAUCCACUUCCGCCAUAAUGUUGAUAAUGCCACCAAGACCCAAAUUAAGAAUAUUUUUCCAGUUCCCAAUCUACUCCAUAAUACCAUUCAUCUGGGUCAUCCGAUUAUUUUUAGCCAUAGAGACAAAAAUAAAGCUUAUGCUUUCAUCUAUAACAAAUUCUUAGCAAAGCUCACUACUGUUAAAGCCAACAAACUUAAUCAUGCCGGUCGACUUACUACCUACCGUACAACAUGCGGGCAAAUUGAGGACGAUGCUCACCUUUUCUUCCUUUGUAGUCUACCUAGGGCUGUUUGGUUCUCAUUUACUCCUUCCCUAAGAACUGAGCUUCUACCUCCUGAUAAUGAUGGAAUUCAAUUGAUCCUUCAAACUAUCAUCACAAAUGAUAUAAAUGAUGACUUAUUAUCCACCAUGCUGAUCACCUUACGGUUUAUUUGGAAAGCAAGAAAUGAUAACUGCUUCCAAAGGAAAAGUUGGACCCCUAUACAGGUACACACAGCUGCAGCUGCUAUGAUUCGAUGGAUCAACAACGAGUGCCAGGAGACCGAGGAAGAACAGGCACCGUGUCUUAACCACGACCAACAGCAACUGCAUCAACAACCUACGCCACCCAUUAUCGAGAACUCCACUGGCAAUGAUACAAAUCUACUUGGUCAACAAGGUAUGAGUUAUCUUACUGCAGGUGAUCAGUCUCAUCAGAGGAUCAUGACGAACAAUGAGCGAGCCCCUGAGCCUCCAACGAUGACUACAAUAGGUAUAAACAUUUCUAUGCAGCAACUACACUUGACAAACACAUAUCAUGCCAACAAUCCAGCUCUACUCCAAACACCAAGAUGCUAUGUAGAUGCCUCCACUUUGCCGGAUCAACCAAACAUGUCUAUGAGACAGGCGGGCUUAGGAAUUUUCUUUCUUAACACGAGAGUACAACCAGCUCAAGGAAUCUAUAUCAAGGCAAAAUUGGAAGCCUGCUCAUCAGUCUUAAUGGCUGAAGCUGCAAGCCUUGCUUUGGCUUCCAUUAUCAUUGACAGAUUGAACAUUGAUAGAGUCAGCUUCCUGUCGGACAGUGAACUUUUGGUUCACUUCUUCAAUCAAACACACCAUAAUGACCCCCCAGAUUGGAGAAUCAAGCAUUUCACCCAAACAUUUUCCAACCAUAUCAUUUCCAGGGAACCCAAGAUCUUCAAAGUCAAAAGGAGCUCUAAUUCAAUAGCUGAUACUCUGGCACGAGAAGCCUUUCUACAUAGGACUGUUCAGAGCAACAAUAUACAGUAUUCAUGCUCGCAUGAACACCAUAAAAUAGAAUGUCCUCUUACUCAAGUUCUACACUUUGUAGACUUAAUCAAUGUAACAAUCAUUGCAGCUCGUUGCUGCUGAUAAUUAAGUUAUUUCUUGUAAAAAAAAGAAUGACAUCGCAACCAAAAUUCUCCUAAUCCCUACACCUGUACUGUACAGACUGAAAAACACGAAUACACUCUCUGAAGUCUACUUUAUUAAAAACCUGAAGUAACUGAGCACUGUAAAUUUCAGUCUGCAAUGAAGUGACUGCAGCGGACAGUCGCGACUACUCUGUAACUGUAGAUUUUGUCUCGUCCGUGACACUGGUAGCUGUCGCGGUAGUAUGUGGCUCGGCUCGCCGGUGAAGGACGAGGCGGCAGAGACAGCAAUUGAAGGCUUGAUCUGCUCAAACUGCCGCAGCACCUGCUGUGCUAGGUGCUGCGCCUCGGCCCCGCUGGUGGCUAAGGAUCGACGCAAUGCAGUGCCAGUUUGAGCGCCUUCACCAGCUCCUCUCGCCGGUCUCUGAUCCCGCGGCCGCGUCCUUCAUGAGCUCCAGGUCGAACACCUCGUUGGUCCACUCCUCCACCCACUGCGACAGGUCGAGGCCGUUGGUCGUGUCCCCGGGCGACUUGCCAGUCAGACCCCGAGGCUGUAGAUGUCGGUCUUGGUGUUGGCCUUCUUCAGCUUGGACACCGUCCCGUACGUGCUUUUCCCCAGGAUCUCUGCAGUCGCCGUGAACGAGAGCGGCCCGUCGAAGUGGACCAACUUGCCGCCGCCGUCCCCACCGGUGUCAGUGCCUGAGCCGCAGGGUUUUCUUUUUCCGGUGAAAUUUCGCCGAA